UGUCUGAUCCUUUGUCAUGGGAAGACUUUACUCUGCUGCUUCAUACAGAGGGAGUGAGACAGAGAGGAGGACUUCAGCUUCAGCUGCGAAAGAAGGAAAACCCAACUCAGGCUCAACUAUGUGAAUGGGACAGAGAUCAAAGGUUCAAAGGGAACAAAGCACGUAGGGCCCAGCUGAAUCCUGAAGCCUCAGAUUGAAUCACAGAAAGGAGGUCAGUGUGAUGAACAGCAUGCUUCCUCAGAGGAGCGCUGUCGCCACACUGGGCUAUGGCUCAGACUGUGUGAAGAUAGACCACAGCAGCAGUGGCUCAGUGGGUGGGACGAUACUGAGGGGCUCUCGCUCAAAGGCAGAGCUACAGGAUCUGAUGGAGACGCUACAGCGCAGGAAGAGCGCUCUGGAGGCCAGCUUGAGGGCAGCUGAGUGCAGCCGCAAGUACCUCAGCGUGCCCCCACCUGUUGGAUCCCAGUCCACGAGGCCGCUGUCAAUCCUCAGCAAUACUGAUCGGCCUCCAUCUGCCUCCAGAACUUUUUCCUACAUGACCAGCAGCAGCGUGCCUCCAUCACCUCGCCAAGGUGAACGCCAGCUGAGCUCUAACGGCUUGCUCCGUCAUUCCCACUCUCGCCACCAGUCACAAGACAGCCUGCUCCUCUCUAACGCAGCAGAGGGAAGCUCUCUGCUCUCCUCUUACGGACCUCGUUCUCCCAGGGUGAAAAGUGGAGCAGCCAGUGUGCCGUCCAGCCCUCGUAUGGGCCGCCGGCUCUACUCUCAGGGCAAAGCUGGAGGAGACUCUCGGCAAAGGAAGUACUCCACCGGCUCCCUCAACAGCCUGGGGUUGCAUAGCCGUUCUUUGCCACGGCUUCACAACGUGGCAGACCCCCCUGCUCUGUCUUUACCGUUACGACAUGCAGUGGGUUCCCACAGAGGAGUGGGCUCAGCAGGGCAGCGGCGCAGUCUCUCCUCCCUGGAGCAGCCGCCAGAUGUGACAGUACCAGCCAGCAUGCCUAGCACUCCCAGGAGGGCCAGCCUGGCCUCUCUGAGCUCUCUUGGUAUAGAUAUGGACGAUCUGGGCUUUGGGGAGAGGAGGUUGUCCUUUGGGAAGGGUGGAUUGAGUCCAGGGCAAAGGGUGGGCAGCAUCACCUCUUUGAAUGGCAAAGAGGAGCUGAGAGACUAUCACCAGCACCAGAGAGAUGAACGACUCAGGGAGCAGAAAGUGCAGAGAUUGGAGUGCCAGCGUCUAGAGACCAUCUUAAACCUGUGCACUGAGUUUGGCCAGAUGGAGAGAGAGCCGGCGGGCUCAGCUGUGUCUGACCUGCAGAAGAUCAACAAGGAGCUGGAGAAGCUGCAGGUGUCUGAUGAUGAGUCGGUGUUCUCGGACUCUCCCAGCAGCACUGCUCCAGAGAACUGCUUCGGUGCCAAAGCCAGAGACUUCCAGCUUACAGAGGAGCAGCAGGUCAGCCAGCGUCAGCAGAGCGGCUACAGAGAGGCCAGGUCCCACUCACCUGCUAUCAGCCUGAACAGCAGUGCCCCCUCACCAUCCACCCACCACAGAACCAAAGCCUUGGAGAGCGUGCAGCUGAAACAGGAAGUAACGCAUAUAGAGGAAGAGAGGAUUCAAGUUUUGAACAACAUAGAGGAGCUGGAGCAGAAGAUCAAAGACUUGGACAACCAGAUGGAGGAGUCUGUCCGAGAGAUGGAGGUGGAGUGCGCUCUGCUGGAGGGGGAGCAGGAGUCGGAAGUGGCCCAGCUGCAAAGGGAAAAGGAGCUUUUGGAGAAACUCAAGGAAAAGAUUCACAGUGUUGAGAAGACGAGCCACACUGAGAAGUCACAGCAGGAAGUUGAAGAGCAGACAAAAAGUUUGGAGGAUUUGGAGUUUCAGAAGCUGGAGAGAGAAAUUAAUCAGGACGAGGAAAAAGAAAGUCAGAGCCAAGAGCUGCUGCGAGAGAUCGCCGAGUGUCAGCGCCUUACAGUCACACGCAAGGAAAGAAUCAUGACGCUGAAGAAACAGUCCUCACAGAUUACCUUACAGGCUCAGCAAGAGAGGGAGAAUUUCCAGAGAGAGAAAAACAAUUUGCUCGUCAUGCUUCAGAAGGAGAGAGAGAAACUGGUGUCUUUGGAAGGAAAGUAUGCAGAGUUAUCCGAAGGGCAGACCUUCACUAACAACCCUGUAGCCAUUAAAGAGCACUUGCACUCUCUGAAGGAAAGGAGAAGAAGUGGCAAAGAAAACUCUUCCCACCCGAGUGACAGCCUACCUCAUAAGAGGAGCCAGCAGCUCCUCACCCCUUACGGCAGAUCCCUGGGACGCACUCUUCCUCCCAAGGUCAUUAACUUUAUGUCGGAGGCCCACUUGCCUCUGUCCCAAAGCUCCAGCUGUGGCAGCGUUAUCCCACAAGGCUUCAGCUUCUCCCCCAGGGACCUGACUACCCGCCGCCUGCCUAAAACAGGCAACAGCCAUGCACACAUGAAUGAAGACAGGCAGAGAAGAAGUGAUUUUUGCAGCAGGAUGGUCUCUGAGCCCAGUGUGUUCUUGGACUCCUUCUACCCGGACAACAGCCAGGCCUCUGAUACUGUCAGCGUGGACAGCUCUGACAGCCUGGAGACCAGCUUCUCUGCCUGCUCCCCAGACAAUAUCUCCAGUGCCAGUACGUCUAAUAUGGCGAAGAUUGAGGAGAUGGAGCGAUUACUCCGAGAGGCCCAGGCUGAGAAGCAUAGGCUCCUCGAGCAUCGGGAGCGUGAGAUGGAGAUGCGCAGGCAUGCUCUAGAAGAGGAGCGAAGAAGAAGGGAGGAACUGGAGAAACGACUGCAGGAGGAGACGAGCAGGAGACAGAAACUUGUAGAGCGAGAGGUGAAGCUCAGGGAGAAACAGAGAUCACAGUCCCGGCUGUUGACUCGCUACUUCCCUGUAAGAAAAGACGACUUUGAUCUUCACGGCCAUAUCGAGGCAGCUGGACACAACCCAGAUGCCUGCUUCCAUCUGGCCAUCACUGAUAAAACCUGCCGAGGCUUUCUGGUCAAAAUGGGUGGCAAGAUCAAGACAUGGAAGAAACGCUGGUUUGUCUUUGACCAGAAUCGCAGGACGCUCACCUACUAUGCAGACAAACAUGAGACCAAGAUGAAAGGAGUCAUUUACUUCCAAGCCAUAGAGGAGGUGUAUUAUGACCAUUUAAAGAACGCACACAAAAGCCCCAACCCCUCACUGACGUUCAGUCUGAAGACCCACGAUCGGGUGUACUAUAUGGUCGCUCCGUCGCCUGAAGCCAUGCGUAUUUGGAUGGAUGUUAUGGUCACGGGUGCUGAAGGACACAUGCAUUUUAUGGUGUAACUGAUCCCAACAGAUCAGUAUCCACACCACUAAAGUUCAUUGGUAAGCGUUGUGUCACAUGGGACGGUUGCGGUACUCUGCUUGUAUCAACGUUGUGCAGCAGAGCUGAGACUGAUGUUCAUCAGGUCAACAAAAAAAGAACUUCUGUUUACACUUGUAUUAUCUGUAGCCUACAUGUCAUGCUCAAAAGCACACUUUAUAAUGUAAUCAUGUAUAACAGAGCAAAAGAAUGGAUAUACAGGUUUUAUAAUUAAGCUAUUUAGUUUUUGUUGUUGUUGUUUAUGUCGCGCAUCAUUAAAUCUCGCACCAGUUUAGUAGUUACAUUCUCCAACCUCAGAUUUCCUUAAACAAAACCUCUGCUUGUCUUAAACUCUCCUUGUUAUGUUUGGCUUCUUUUCAAUUAAAACGUGAUCAGGGAAUGUUCUAAAUCAGGGAUACACAACUUGUGGUCCAUUUGGCUCACGAUAGGGUGCCGGGUGGCCCACUGACCAUUUUCUAAUUUAUGAUGAAGAUCAUUUGAUUCACACAGGGAGUUGUUUUUGUACUCUAAAUGCAAAUAAGGUGUCAGAGUGCAUAAAAAAGCAUCAGAAUAGAGCUUGUUUAUAAAAAGCAGUGCCGGGGAGGAUCCGACAUACAUCUGGGCCAAGCCCCGAAUGUCCUCAAAUCCUAGAAACAUGCCCACGUACAACAAACAUCACAAGGUUGAAAAAAGGUAUUUCAUUUAUUAUAUAUACUGAUAAAUAUUAUUGAUGUUUGUUAAUUAACUGACCCCUGGCCUCCUGACAUUUUGCAAGAGUGGCCCCUGAGCAAAACAAAUUGAGUAUCCCCGUUCUAAAUGAUCAGAAACACAACACCUGCUCCACCUCUAAACUGUGGUGCAUACUGGUGCUGCUCGUCUAUAGCAGAUGCAUAUCUGCCAAACAGCUUUCUAUAACCUAGCGUUUAGUCAUACAUGUAUCCGUCAUGUUCCAUGUUUAAGUUAUACGUCCACCUUCUCUCUCGUCUUCUGGUUGGACGUCAGGUUGUAUCAGUGAGUCACCACUUCUUUGUUCUUUCUCUAAUUAAGAUCAUACUGUCUGUGUUUGUGUUUGCAAGAAUGCACAUUUUUACUUCAACUCAGAUUUAUUAUUUCUAUGUUGUCACUAAUAUUCAAAUGUCAUGAGUGUGAGUAUUACUUUACAUUUUUCAACUCAAGCAUUUUAUUGCUGCUGCCAGACUACAAGCAUAAGCUGGUCUUGUCUUGCUCAUUUGAAGCAGGGCUGAAUGUCCACCAUUACUAUUACUUCAAACCAUGUCUCUUUGCAUCACUUUCACUCCAGUGAGUCUUAAUGUCACAUUAUGCAAACUUUAUUCAUGAAGAAGAGGUUAUUUCAGGCACUUUUGUAGGUUUUAUUGUUAUGAAUUUUUAGAAAUUGAAAUAUUGUAUUCAUAAAAGUAUAAAAUGCUCCCAAAUUACAGUGAUACUGUGGUACAUGCCUGCCACUGUGCAGCUAGCUCCCUCUGUCCAUAGUAGAGGCUGCAGGCCUGAUGUGAUGUGUUACAUUUGAGGCCAUGUUGUGCAGCAGUGAUGCUGUUUUGUACUGCGUCACCCACGUUACUAAAGCAUUUCAGUAUGCGUUUUCACCAGCAGAGGUCCUCAGUGCAGAGUUAUUGCACUGAAUGAUGUAAUGCCCAUGGUUAGUAGGCCCAUGCUCAUCAAUGAGCCAUAUUUUCUAACUCGUAUAUAUCAUAUAUGUGCAUUUAUCAGCACAUGCAUAUCAAGCUGAAGAUUUGCUCUUUGGAAGCAAAGCAGAAAUCAUGUUCAGGAUCUUGAACACAAAAUGAUUUUUUUUAAUCAUUUUCUUUUAAAUGUUUUAUAAACUCCAUAUGUUUGAUCUGUAUAUUCUUUGACUAUUUGUAGCAGUCUGACUGAUAAUGAAAGAUCUCUUUAACAGCAAGUGACCAGCAGCUGUUGGUUUACAGACUACAGAGUGCAGAGGAGGCUGCAGGGCUGACAGUGUUGCAGAUGAGGUGUUGCCUUUCUUGGAUGCUCCUCAGUGAACGGAGGUAUCAGUCCUGUUGACACCUCAUCCGCAAACUGUCCUCCGCUGUGAGAGACACAGGCCUUGAAACCAAACAAAUAACUGCAUUUAUAUAUAUUUUUAAUAAAUUUUAUAUUUUGUGUAUGAAAAAUGGUAAUUUUAGUCGACUCUAUGCUACAUUUUUUAUGUUUGGCAUUUGUCAUGUUUCAAUAUGAAUAAGAAUAAAUAAUUUUGAUUAUGAA